AUGCGGUCAUUUUUCAAGAGGCCUUCAUGGGCAACAAGGGGAGAUGAUGAUUUGGACUCUGAAUUCUACCGUCGUGCUGGCCAAACGUACGCAGACAUUAUCGCUGCAAGUAAGGUAGCUCGAGAUAGUCCACUAGGUAGUCCUGGCAGUUCUACUACAGAGGACGGUAAGGUUUGUAAGCGUCGACACAUCUCAGGGGAACCGCUGUCGAGAGAACCCGCACCCCGAGUUCUUCCUGACGACGGCCAAGAGAGAAGCGAUAUACAAGGCGUAUCUCUCCGCAGCGUUGAUUCCUGGAAGACUUCACCAUACAUAAGUGAUUGUAACGACUACUGGACGCCGGUACAAUUGCCAACAGACAAAGCUAGCGCUCUUGGCUCGAAAGUUGAUUCCUCUAACACCAGAGAUAUUCGGCAAACUCAUGUUUGGCCCUACCCAAGUACGAAUACAGAAAUAACCGAGACGGAAAAUGCAGUCGACGAGAUCCCUGCUCCUUGUGAUGCUCGAAAGAACCAGCGAAAAGUUGCCGUCCAUACGGAUCAGCACCAUGAUUCUAUGGAAUAUGAUACGGUUGUUCAGAUUCUUAUCACCUCCAAAAUUGAAAGCACGAAGCCGCUGAUAAUCCACCGAAAAAUGUCACAGUCGCUGCGAGAUGUUCGUCUUGCAUGGUGUAACCGCCAAAGUAUACCGAAAGAGAUGCAGUCAUCCAUACUCCUGACUUGGAAGGGCAGAAGGCUAUUUGAUGUCACAACAUGCAGGAGCUUGGGAAUUGGCGUGCCGCAAGGCCUUGCCGACAGCGCAGUACACGGCGAUCAUAUUCAGCACGGCAGCAAAGAAGACAUUCGUAUCCACAUGGAGGCUGUUAUCGAAGACAAUGUGAUGGCAAUCAAUGACUGGCAAGCCUCGCAUGAAAGUUACCCUGCAUAUGCGCAAGAGUCUACAGCAACAGAUGGCAGCAGGCUUCUAUCAACAAGGGUCGUUUUGAAAUGCCCAAGCGCUGGCGACCUGGAAUUGAAAGUUAGUUCAAGAAUGCAAGUCUCACGACUUGUUACUACAUUUCGUGAUGAGAAAAAUUUACCGAAAAACCGGGAAGUAUACCUAGUGUUCGAUGGUGAUCGGUUAGAUCCCAGUUCUUGUCUGUCGAUGUACGACAUGGCAGAUGGUGACCUCGUGGAUGUCGUGAUCAAAUGA